AUGGAGGAGGAGAUCCGAGCGGAGUUCCAGAGCAGCGGCUUCUCCAUCGGGGGAGUCGGCCCCGAGGACGCCGCCCAGAUCCUCUCCACGCUACUGACCUACUGCAUCAACUACAAGAUGAGCCCCGCGGACCUCGUCUCCAACUGGGAGGUCUAUUACCUCAACAGGUCAGCUCUUUCCAGAUAA